CUCCCUCUUCUGCACUCCAACAAUUUUUAAGCGAAUCGACAUGAAGACCUCAGUUGUCGUCGUCGUCUUGAUGGCCUGUGCCGCCGUCUCUGCCCAGAUCCCGGCCGGUUGGAACUACAAUCCAUUCCUUUACUACCCGUUCACCGCACAACCAGCGCCCGUACAGGAAACGGCCGAAGUUGCCGCAGCCCGUGCCGCUCACUUGGCAGCCCACACUUCCGCCGGAGGAUCCAGCAGAGUGGUCGCCGUUCAACCUGUUCCUGUUGUUGGGGGACAACCGGCAGGUGCCGUGUUUAUUGAGGAUAAUAAUAAAAAUUCAGUUUUCAAAUUGACUUCUUUUUUAAAAAUCGUUUUAGCUAAAAAGGGCAGACUUACCUGAUGCUUAUUAAUCGUC